AUGGACAACAGCACCGCUUCCUCGAACUCGACUACUUCUCCGAAUGCAACUCCAACGUUUGACUUCAGUUUAUAUCGCUAUACUCCCUCUCUGACUGCUGCCAUCAUCUUCGUCGUCGUCUUCGCCAUCUUGACCCUACUACAUGUCUGGAAACUGUACAGAACACGCGCCUUGUACUUCACAGCCUUCACCAUUGGCGGACUUUUUCAAGUUAUCGGCUACUGUGGCCGCAUUUGGUCCCACUACGAUGAUAGAGCGAUCGGCGGUUUCGUCAUACAGGCCAUUCUCAUCCUUGUCGCCCCAGCGCUUUACGCCGCCUCCAUCUACAUGAUCCUCGGUCGACUCAUAGUCAGCCUCCAUGCCGAGCAUCUCUCUCUCAUUCCCGUGCGAUUCCUCACCAAGACAUUUGUGGCUGGUGACGUCGCCUCCUUCACCUUGCAGGCUGGCGGCGGUGGUAUCCAGGCUGGUGGAACCCUGGAUCUAUACGAUAUUGGAGAAAAGGUCAUCAUAGUCGGCCUGUUUAUGCAGAUUGCCUUCUUUGGCUUCUUUAUCGUAGCGUCUUUCAUUUUCCACAGGCGUGUCCUGCGACAGCCCCCGGAAACCACCACGCAGAUCACCAUCCCGUGGAGGAGGCACCUGACCGUUCUGUACUCCGUAAGCCUCAUAAUUCUGGUGCGGAGCAUCUUCAGGGUUGUCGAGUACCUCCAGGGCAACUCCGGGUUCAUCAUUGCGCACGAGUACUUCUUAUAUAUCUUCGACGCCGUUCUCAUGGCAAUCGUCAUGGCCGUAUUCUUGGUCUACUACGUUCACGACUUGGUGCCGAUGACAACACGGAAAAGGGUUACAUCAUCGACCUCGGGAGACGAUUAUCUUAUGGACGAGGUUCAUGCAUAA